CAUCGGCGCCAUUUAAAGCGGAGAGUUUCCCGGGCGGACGCGCUUCUUCUGCUCGGCCAUUCCGCCCUCCCUUCUUCGCUGACAGAAGGCGCCUAGUGGGGUGACUGCUCUUUCUCUCCCUAUCCCCCUCCUCCCAGUUCUUUCGGUCUUCUCUUCUCCGGGCCAGAGAAGUAGCGGAGCACGGGCCCCGCUGUGAGCGGCCCUCCCCUCCCCACAGUUCCCUCCCUCCUCUGCCGCCGGCGCCGGCCAGAGAGGGGAAGAGGUUCGCCAGGCCCGGGGCGGGCGGGGAGGCCUCGGGGACGGGGGGGGCCGCUCCUCAGGCUUCGAGGUUUCGAGGCUCCGGGCCUCGGCUUCUGGCGAUGGGUGCCCUGUGAGACUGGUCCCCUCUCCGGGGCGCGUGCUGCCUGAGGCGGCGGCCGAGCGACCGGGAGCCCGGGCCGCGGCCCUCCUUCCCCUGCGCGGCCCCUCCCACCCCUGUGCCCCGGGCUGCCACCGCCCGGCGUCGGGGCUCGUCCCUCGCGCGCUCUGCCUCCGCCCUCAGGGCCUAUCCCGCCGUGCUCGGCGGGCGGCGGGCGGCGGCGGCGGCGGCCGCGGCGGGAGCUUCGGCGUCUUCGCUUUCGUCGCAUCCGCUCGCCCGGGAGCCAGCCCCGCGCCCUGCCCCUCAUGACUGCGGCGCUUGUGCUGCCACAGCCCUACCGGCCACCGCUCGCUGCAGGAUGGAUGCGGACUGUGCGGCGCUAACCCCCGUGGCUCCGCUCCUGCCUCGCCCGCCCCGUGAGCCGCAGCAGCCCCGGUGCCAGCCGCAGCCGCCGCAGCCGGACCCCGAGUCCCGCGUCGCCCUCGGGGCGUCUCGUCAGUGCUGAGCGGGAGUCAUCCGGUGGCUGCGAGCCCGCCGCCGUAGGAGCGCUACCCGGCCCUUCUUGGUGGCUCUCCCGGGCCUCCCCGUCCCCCUUUGAUUCACGAAUCCGAGCCCGCACUCGUCACUCCAGCGAACCAACCAUGUCUGACGGCGCCGCCGAGAAGCCGAGCGGCACUCCGGGCUUCCUGUCGCCUCCGGCGCCAGUCCCCAAGAAUGGCUCAAGCUCCGAUUCUUCCGUGGGCGAGAAGCUGGGGGCCGCGGUCGCCGACUCUGGCGUCGGCCGAACCGAGGAAUACCGGCGCCGCCGGCACACUAUGGACAAGGACAGCCGUGGGGCGGCCGCCACCUCCACCCCCACGGAGCACCGCUUCUUCCGCCGGAGCGUCAUCUGCGACUCCAAUGCCACCGCGUUGGAGCUGCCGGGCCUGCCCCUUUCGGCCCCCCAACCGAGUAGUGUGCCCGCAGCGGUGCCCCAGAGUGCUCCGCCCGAGCCCCACCGAGAGGAAACUUUGACCGCCACCGUUGCUUCCCAGGUGUCUCAGCAGCCCGCAGCUGCUGCCUCCCCUGGGGAACAAGCCGUUGUAGGCUCGGCCACCACCACCACCGCCACCACCACGACCGUCCCCAGCGGUAUCAGCAAAGACCGCCCGGUGUCCCAGCCCAGCCUCGUGGGGAGCAAAGAGGAGCCACCGCCGCCCAGAGGUGGCAGCGGCAGCGGCGGCGGCAGCGCUAAAGAGCUGCAGGAGGACCGGCAGCUACAGGAUGAUAUCGAAGAGCUGGAGACCAAGGCCGUGGGAAUGUCCAACGACGGUCGCUUUCUCAAAUUUGACAUCGAAAUCGGCAGAGGGUCCUUUAAGACGGUCUACAAAGGUCUGGACACCGAAACCACUGUGGAAGUCGCCUGGUGUGAAUUGCAGGAUCGAAAGUUAACAAAGUCCGAAAGGCAGAGAUUCAAAGAAGAGGCAGAAAUGUUAAAAGGUCUUCAACAUCCCAACAUUGUUCGCUUCUAUGACUCUUGGGAAUCCACAGUAAAAGGGAAAAAAUGCAUUGUUUUAGUGACUGAACUAAUGACAUCUGGAACACUUAAAACGUACUUAAAAAGGUUUAAAGUGAUGAAAAUCAAAGUUCUGAGAAGCUGGUGUCGGCAAAUCCUUAAAGGACUUCAGUUUCUCCACACACGAACUCCACCAAUUAUUCACCGGGACCUUAAAUGUGACAACAUCUUUAUCACUGGCCCUACAGGCUCAGUCAAGAUUGGAGACCUUGGUCUGGCAACUCUAAAGCGGGCUUCUUUUGCCAAGAGUGUGAUAGGUACUCCAGAGUUCAUGGCUCCUGAGAUGUAUGAGGAGAAAUAUGACGAAUCCGUUGAUGUUUAUGCUUUUGGGAUGUGCAUGCUUGAGAUGGCUACAUCUGAAUAUCCAUACUCAGAGUGCCAAAAUGCUGCGCAGAUCUACCGUCGAGUAACCAGUGGAGUGAAGCCAGCGAGUUUUGACAAAGUAGCAAUUCCUGAAGUAAAGGAAAUUAUUGAAGGAUGUAUCAGACAAAACAAAGAUGAAAGAUAUUCCAUCAAAGACCUUUUGAACCAUGCCUUUUUCCAGGAGGAAACAGGGGUACGGGUAGAAUUAGCAGAAGAAGAUGAUGGAGAAAAGAUAGCUAUUAAAUUAUGGCUGCGUAUUGAAGAUAUUAAGAAACUAAAGGGAAAAUACAAAGACAAUGAAGCUAUUGAGUUUUCCUUUGACUUGGAGAGGGACGUACCAGAAGAUGUUGCUCAAGAAAUGGUUGAGUCUGGGUAUGUCUGUGAAGGUGAUCACAAGACCAUGGCUAAAGCUAUCAAAGACAGAGUGUCAUUAAUUAAGAGAAAACGAGAGCAGCGCCAGUUGGUGCGAGAGGAGCAAGAAAAAAGAAAACAGGAAGAGAGUAGUCUCAGACAGCCGACUGAACAACCAAGUGUUUCCCAAGCAGGAAUUCAGCAGCUCUCUUCUGCUAACGCUGGCAUACCUACUGCUCCCACCACUUCUGCUUCAGUUUCUACACAAGUAGAACCCGAAGAACCUGAGGCAGAUCAACAUCAGCAACUACAGUAUCAGCAGCCUAGUAUAUCUGUGUUAUCUGAUGGAACAGUUGACAGCGGUCAAGGAUCAUCUGUCUUCACAGAAUCUCGAGUGAGCAGCCAACAGACAGUUUCCUAUGGCUCCCAACAUGAACAGGCACAUUCUACUGGCACAGCACCAGGGAAUACAACUUCUAGUUUCCAAGCACAGUCUCAGCCUCAUGGGGUGUAUCCACCCUCAAGUAUGGCACAGGGGCAAAGCCAGGGCCAGCCAUCGAGUAACUUAGCAGGGGUUCUACCUACACAACCUGUCCAACAUCCUCAGCAGGGAAUACAGCCCUCUGCUCCUCCUCAACAGGCAGUACAGUAUUCACUUCCACAGGCAGCAUCUUCCAGUGAAGGCACUACUGCACAGCCUCAAGCUCCACAAGUUUUGCCUCAAGUGUCAGCUGGAACACAGCUUCCAGUUUCCCAGACAGUACCAACUAUCCAAGGCGAACCUCACAUCCCAGUUUCUGCACAACCCUCAGUUGUUCCAGUCCACUCUGGUGCUCAUUUCCUUCCUGUGGGACAGCCACUUCCUACUUCCUUACUCCCACAGUACCCUGUCUCUCAAGUUCCCAUAUCAACUCCUCAUGUGUCUACAGCACAGACAGGUUUCUCAUCCAUUCCUAUAACAAUGGCUGCUGGCAUUAAUCAGCCUCUGCUCACCCUGGCUUCAUCUGCUACAGCAUCUUCAAUCCCAGGGGGAUCAACUGUAGUUCCUAAUCAGCUUCCAACCCUUCUGCAGCCUGUGAAUCAGCUGCAGAAUCAGGUUCACCCACAGCUCCUACAGCCAACAGUUCAGUCCAUGGGAAUACCAGCUAACCUUGGACAAGCUGCUGAGGGUCCACUUCCCUCUGGAGAUGUUCUGUACCAGGGCUUCCCAUCUCGACUGCCAUCACAGUACCCAGGAGAUUCAAAUAUUGUUCCCUCUUCCAACGUGGCUUCUGUUUGCAUCCAUUCUACAGUCCUAGCCCCUCCUCCUAUGCCCACAGAAGCAUUGGCCACCCAAGGUUACUUUCCUACAGUAGUGCAGCCUUAUGUGGAAUCAAAUCUUUUGGUUCCUAUGGGCAGUGUAGGAGGACAGGUUCAAGUGUCCCAACCAUCAGUGAGUUUAACGCAACAACCCCCCACUACAUCCUCCCAGCAAGCAGUUCUGGAGAGUACUCAGGGAGUCUCUCAGACUGCUCCUCCAGAACCAACUCCAAUAACACAGUCACAGCCUGCCCAGCCUGUCACAUUGGUUUCAUCUGUAGACAGUGCACAUUCAGAUGUUGCUUCAGGAAUGAGUGAUGGUAACGAGAAUGCUCCAUCAUCCAGUGGGAGGCAUGAAGGGAGAACAACAAAACGUCAUUAUCGAAAAUCUGUAAGAAGUCGCUCUCGUCAUGAAAAGACUUCCCGCCCAAAACUGAGGAUUUUAAAUGUUUCAAAUAAAGGAGAUCGAGUAGUAGAAUGUCAAUUAGAAACUCAUAAUCGGAAAAUGGUUACAUUCAAAUUUGACCUAGAUGGUGACAACCCUGAAGAGAUAGCAACAAUUAUGGUGAACAAUGACUUUAUUCUAGCUAUAGAGAGAGAGUCUUUUGUGGCUCAAGUGCGGGAAAUUAUUGAAAAAGCUGAUGAAAUGCUAAGUGAGGAUGUCAGUGUGGAGCCUGAGGGUGAUCAGGGAUUGGAGAGUCUGCAAGGAAAGGAUGAAUAUGGCUUUUCCGGUUCUCAGAAAUUAGGAGAGUUCAAGCAACCAAUUGCUGUAUCCAUGCCACAGCAAAUUGGUGUUCCUACCAGUUCUUUAACACAAGUUGUUCAUUCUGCUGGAAGACGGUUUAUAGUGAGUCCUGUGCCAGAAAGUAGGUUACGAGAAUCACAAGUUUUCACCAGUGAAACAUCAGAUACAGUUGCUGCCUCGACAUCUCAGGGUCCUGGAAUGAACUUAUCUCACUCUGCUUCAUCCCUUAGUCUCCAGCAGGCUUUUUCUCAACUCAAACAUGUCCAGAUGACUGAAGGACCCAAUACAGCACCUCCAAAUUUCAAUCACACAGGACCAACAUUUUCUCCUUUCUUGGCUGGUCCAACUAUAGCAGCAUCUUCACCAUCAGUAUCAGUCCCUAUAACAAGCAGUCCUCUUAAUGACAUUUCCACAUCAGUAAUGCAGUCUGAGGCUACAUUGCCCACUGAAAAAGGCAUUGCUGGAGUUACCACCAGCACAGGUGUGAUAACUUCAAGUGGUCUUACCACAUUAUCUGUGUCUGAAUCACCAACACUUGCCAGUGUGAUUUCUAGUUCGACAAUACCUGCAAUUGUCGCAGUGUCUACAACAUCCCAGCCAGGUCAGGCUCCCACGUCUGGGAGCAUUGUUUCUAGUACAGGCAGUUUUCCUUCUGGAACAUUUUCCACAACUUCAGCUACUACAGUGGGUAGUGUGGCUGCCCCAAAUGCUAAGCCUCCAGCUGUGUUGUUGCAACAGAUAGCAGGCAGUACUGCUGGGGUAGCCAUAGUGACAUCAGUCUCUACCAGCACUCCAUUCCUAGACACAGCCUCACAACCAUCCCUUCCUCUUAGUAGCAGCACCUCUGCUCCCACUUUAGCUGAAACAGUGGUGGUCAGUGCACACUCACUAGACAAGACAUCUCACAGUAGUACAACAGGAUUAGCUGUAUCCUUUUGUGCACCAUCCUCCUCUUCUUCCUCUGGAACAGCAGUGUCUAGUUCUGUUUCUCAGCCUGGUAUAGUGCAUCCUUUGCUCAUCUCAUCUGCUGUAGCCUCUACACCUGUCCUUCCCCAGCCAGCUGGACUCACUUCUACACCUUUAUUACCCCAAGUACCUAGUAUGCCACCCUUGGUACAACCUGUUGCUAAUGUGCCUGCUGUACAGCAAACACUCAUUCAUAGUCAGCCUCAACCAGCUUUGCUUCCCAACCAGCCUCACACUCACUGUCUAGAAAUGGAUGCUGAUACCCAAUCCAAAGCUCCUGGGAUCGAUGACAUAAAAACUCUGGAGGAAAAACUGAGGUCUCUCUUUAGUGAACACAGCUCAUCUGGAGCUCAGCAUACUUCUGUCUCACUAGAGACACCUCUAGUAGUAGAGACCACUGUCACACCAGGCAUUCCCACCACUGCUAUAGCACCAAGCAAACUCAUGACUUCCACUACAAGUACUUGCUUGCCACCAACCAAUUUACCAAUAGGAGCAACUGGCUUGCCAGUUAUGCCAGUGGGAACACCUGGGCAAGUUUCUACUCCAGGCACACAUGCUUCAGCCCCAACACUCAGCACUGCAACAGGAGCAAAAUCCGGAACAACUCCCCCAAAGCCAUCUUUAGCUAAGACUGUGAUGCCUCCAGUGGGUACUGAACUUCCAUCUGGUACUCUACCCUGUGAGCAGCUGACACUUUUUCCUGGACCUUCUCUAACUCAGUCCCAGCAACCCCUAGAAGAUCUUGAUGCUCAAUUGAGAAGAACACUUAGUCCAGAAACUAUUACAGUGACAUCUACAGUUGGUCCUGUGUCCAUGAUGGCUUCAACAGCAGUUACAGAAGCAGCAAGAUCACAGCUUCAAAAAGAUGGCACUGAAGGCCAUGUCCUAGCAACUAGUUCAGGAGCUGGUGUUGUUAAGAUGGGGCGAUUUCAGGUUUCAGUUACAAUGGAUGAUGCUCAGAAAGAGCGUAAAAAUAGGUCAGAAGAUACAAAGUCGGUUCAUUUUGAAUCUAGCACAUCAGAGUCAUCAGUUCUUUCAAGUAGUAGUCCAGAGAGUACCCUGGUAAAGCCAGAGCCUAAUGGAAUAACUACCCCUGACAUCUCCUUAGAUGUGCCAGACAGCAGCCACAAAACAUCUACCCCAGAAGCAAAGUCAGAAACUGGCCAGCCUACCAAGGUUGGACGUUUUCAGGUGACAACUACCGCAAACAAAGUGGGUCGUUUCUCUGUUUCAAGAACUGAGGACAAGGUCACAGAGCUCAAAAAAGAGGGACCAGUGACCUCUCCUCCUCUCAGAGAUUCAGAACAAACUGUUAGUCCUGCUGUGAUACCAAAGAAGGAGAAGCCUGAGCUGACAGAGCCUUCCCAUCUGAAUGGGCCCUCUUCUGACCUGGAGGCUGCCUUUCUCAGUAGGGGUGCAGAGGAUGGCUCAGGUAGUCCGCACUCUCCCCCUCACUUGUGUUCAAAGAGCCUUCCCAUCCAGAAUCUAAGUCAGAGCCUUAGUAAUUCAUUCAACUCCUCUUACAUGAGUAGUGACAAUGAGUCAGACAUUGAAGAUGAAGACUUAAGGUUAGAACUUCGACGACUAAGAGAAAAACAUCUUAAAGAGAUUCAGGACCUGCAGAGUCGCCAGAAACAUGAAAUUGAAUCUUUGUAUACCAAACUGGGCAAGGUUCCCCCUGCUGUCAUUAUUCCCCCAGCUGCUCCUUUGUCAGGGAGAAGGCGGAGACCUACUAAAAGCAAAGGCAGUAAAUCUAGUCGAAGCAGCUCAUUGGGAAAUAAAAGCCCACAGCUUUCAGCAGGUAACCUGUCUGGUCAGAGUGGAACUUCAGUCUUACACCCCCAGCAGACCCUCCACCCCCCAGGCAACACCCCAGAGACUGGGCACAACCAGCUGUUACAGCCUCUUAAACCAUCUCCUUCCAGUGACAACCUCUAUUCAGCCUUUACCAGUGAUGGUGCCAUUUCAGUACCAAGCCUUUCUGCUCCAGGUCAAGGCUGUGCGAAGUUUAACUGUGCAUCUGAGCAGGUGACAUUCAAACCUGGUGGCAGGAGGACCCGAUUUCUGAGUACGCCCUGCUUGGCUCUUUGGAAGAUGGUGAAAAAAGUCUGUCCUUGCAACCAGCUCUGUAUGUGCCCUCCAGCUGAACCGAAAUCAGGGACCAGCAGCACAAAUACCGUUGGGGGAACAGUGAGUAGCCAGGCUGCCCAGGCUCAGCCACCUGCCAUGACUUCCAGUAGGAAGGGCACAUUCACAGAUGACCUGCACAAGUUGGUAGACAACUGGGCCCGGGACGCCAUGAAUCUUUCAGGCAGGAGAGGCAGCAAAGGACACAUGAAUUACGAGGGCCCUGGAAUGGCAAGGAAGUUCUCUGCUCCUGGGCAGCUGUGCAUUUCCAUGACCUCAAACCUGGGUGGCUCAGCCCCCAUCUCUGCAGCAUCUGCUACCUCUUUAGGUCACUUCACCAAGUCGAUGUGUCCCCCACAGCAGUAUGGUUUUCCAGCUGCUCCAUUUGGCACGCAGUGGAGUGGAACAGGUGGCCCAGCACCACAGCCACUUGGCCAGUUUCAGCCUGUAGGAACUGCUUCCUUGCAGAAUUUCAACAUCAGCAAUUUGCAGAAGUCCAUCAGUAAUCCCCCAGGUUCCAACCUACGGACCACUUAGUCAGAAGUGAAGAUGUUAACUGAAUAGAUUUGGGGGCACAAAAUGGAAUGCUGGGGGCUGGGGAAGUAGCCUAUAUACUAACUACUAGUGCUGCAUUUAACUGGUUAUUUCUUGCCAGAAGGGAAUGUUUUUAAUACCAUUUUUGAACCCUUAGAAUGGAGAACCACCCUCCCUCUCCAUUUGUAGGAGUUCAAAAAGAUGAAAAGAGCAGUUUUCUGGUAGAGGGGCUGCCCGAGACUGCUUUCCUGUUCUGUACCCACCAGUCAGGCCUAGGGCUAGAAGAGAGCCUUGUUACCAGAGUUCCCCAAGAGCUCAGUGUAAGCUAAACCCCUAUGUAUCUGUCAGUGGAUAGAGCGCUUAAUUUUACAUUUGCCCCAAAUCCCUAAUUCCUUCCUCCCACAAGAAUGCACACCUUAAGAUAAAAAGGUUCUCUCCCACUCUGAUCCCUACCCCCACUUUCUUUUUAACCUUUACAACCUAGUGAAAAAUACCAGGGGACUGGGGUUGCAACCCUUUCUUAUAUAGGUCAUUAAUGCUUUAAGCAAGGUAUCAGCAGCUUUGACUGCAGCAUUAGCAACUAGGGAAACAAUGAUGUUCCCUGAGGACAUGUAACUUUGCCAUCAGUUUUGAUGUGGAAACACUGUGAUAUAUAAAUGUUGUUGGACAACAUUAGUUUUAAGAGUAAAAUUUGAAAAGUUUAAAAGGUUCACACACACAAAAAAAAGCUAGCUCUGUCCUUUACUUAUUAAGACACUUUAAACUUUUUCCUUUGUAUUUCCAUUGUAUUAGAUAAAUAAAUGUGAAUGUAAAAUUGUAUAAAUUACUGUACUUGAAUACUUCUGUUCUCCCAGUAUUGCUUGCUGGAUAUUUUAGUGCCUUGGACUUCUAUUGCUUCUGCUGUUAGCAUCAACUUACCAGACCCCAGGUCACCAAAGGGUAUGUGGAAAGAAAUAGGUCCAUAUAACCCCAGCAGUGGAUAUGCCAAAGGGAAAAUGAAAGUGGGUUUUUUGUUGUUGUUUUUGUUUUGUUCUGUUUUUUUUUUUCAAUCGUUCAACAGUUUUGCCUAGAGCAGGUGUGAGAUGAGCAGUGAGAAGUUGGCAUCAGAGGUUGAAAACAAAGUUCUGUUUCAGAAAGAGUGAGGGGGGGUUGUGAGCUGUGUGAAAGACAAGGACUGGAGAUGUGGGGACAAGCUUGCUUGAAGUGAUGCCCAGCCAGUGAACAAGCAAGACCUAAAAGAAAUUCAACAAAAUGAGAUGGGAGUGGGCUAGAUUCUAAGUUGGAAAGGAUGACAGUGCCAAGUCACAGAUGGAAAAGGUUGCUCUACGGAAACCUGCUUAGUUGCCCCCACAUUUUGUACAUGUACCACACAUUUCUCCACUUGAAGUACUGUAUUGUAGAAAACAGACCCACUUCUGACUUUCUAGGCAUUGUAGGAAAAUGCUUAUUUCCUUUCCUACCCCUUCUACAAUGUCCAAAUGGUUGCACAGUCAGAAUCUAUGUGCCACCUGUACUUCUAUAUUAGAACUAAUACUCUUAACAUUUUCAUACCCAUAUCCCCACAUAACUGCAACCAACCAGUAUUAUCUAGUGCUAUGCCUAGUUGUUAAAACAGGCAGUUUUCUGUCAAUACUGACCUAAUUGGCUGUUUGGAAUCUGAAUAAUCUGAGAAAGUGGAGAGAGAGAAGUAGAAGUCCUCAUUUCUUGGGUGCUUCCCUCCUUGACCUUGUGUUGGGAACUGUCCCAUUUCCAACCUCAUGACACAUCCCAGGAGUUAUGCACUAGACCAAACAGAGCCUGGCUACCUGCACCCUUUGAAGAGUCUGUUGUCUUUAAGUUGGUCUAGGCCAAAAGAUACAUGUGAGAGCUGAAAGUUUUAGGAGAGGGAAGUGGAAAGAGCAUUGUUUCAGGUCCUGCUACCAAAAUGUUGGCUCAUUUAUUCCUUUUUGAAGAGGGUAAAAGGUGCUACGGAAAUGAAACGGGUUGGAGGAUGGAUGAGAAUACUUUGUACCAGUGGCAGAGGGUGUCAGAUGCAGCAUGUGUUGUUGGUUUUGGUUUUAGUCAUUUUGAGGUCUUUACCCCCAUUCACAAGUUUAUUUACUGUUGAUUUUUUUUCCCUCCUGUGGAUGAAAUAACUGAAGCCUAGAGGAACGAGCUAGUGCUACUGAACUGUUUAAAUUAUUUUUUGUGUUAAUACACUUUGAAUAUCUUUUUCCACAUUUAAAGAGAACUUUCCGAAUUAUAAAUGUUUUCCUUACAUUAUUUAACAAUGUACACUGUUUAAAACUGAAUUCAAACCUUGGGUGUCUCCACAGCCGUUAACUGUACAUUUUGCACUAACUCCGGGUGUUGCGCUUCUUGUAAGAUUGCGCUCUGUGCUUCAGUUUGUUACCUUUGUAGACUUAUUUAAUGAAACCAUUCAAAUAAACCAAACUUGCUUUUGUUGA